AUGGCCAUGAUGCGCUCCAACAGCAUCUCAUCCAUCUCGUCUCUGUCAUCGCGCUGCUCGUCAGCGGAGCCCGAGUCCACCAUGCAAAUCUUCAUCAAGAACAUUGCCGGCGACAGUAAGUACUCUGGACGCCAAAUCAUCAGCGCACGUGCUUACCCUCUACAGCCNUUCGCCCUUGAGAUACCCGAAUCAACUUCGAUAGCGACACUCUCAUCUCUUCUCGCCAUCCGCACGAAUCUCCCCGCUCAAGAUAUGCGCCUGGUGUUUGCUGGCAAGCAUCUUGAUCUGUCAUCGAACACAUUGUCGGACUACAACAUCGGCCGAGAAAGCACACUUCACUUGGCACUUCCGUUGCGAGGCGGAGCACCCAAGAAGAUUCGCUGCCAAUUCAAAGACUGCAAGGACGCGGCUCAGCGUAUUGUCGGAGACUGCGGCUUCUGCAAUGGCCACUUCUGUGGUAAGCACCGUAUGCUCGAGAGCCAUGCAUGCACCGGACUCGAGACAUGCAAGGAGGAAGAGAAGCAGCGAAACCGCGAGCGUCUCGAGAAGGAGAGAACCGUUGCCAUCAAGGGUAUCUAA